AUGAAUUGCAUCGUUCUGAACGAGUGGUCCGGAUUAACGAGUAAUCUUGUGAAGCUGGGGUUAGGUUCCGUCAGCAUGUUCUUCGACAUUCUGUUCAUGAUCCAGCACUUUAUCCUGUACCCUAGCCAUGAGGAGCCAGCGGAAGAAAAGCUCAUCACCGAUGAAGUGGAAGCUCUCGUUUUGGAGAAGCGUGAUUUUGUUCGUUCGGGCAGCAACCGAAUCAUUGAUAUUAGUGUUAUUAAGACCCCGUAA